UUUCUGCGUUUGGUUUUCUGGGCGGAACCAAAGUCGUCGUGUUUCAGGACGGACUGUUUUGAGCGGCGGCGCGCCGGUCACUUCCUGCACGCGGCAGUGCGGAGCUCGCGCGCGGAGAUACGGCAGAUUCUUCAAUUCAUCCCGGUUUCAGGUUUGGAUUUCAGAAGAACAAACCUCAGGACUGAUGGAGGCUGUGGAGCUGGAGACCAGAGCGAACGAGACGAACGCCGUUUCCAAAGGCGAAGCCGCCAUCAAACCUGAGUUCCUCACAACCAAAGAGAAGUUUCACCACUUCAUAGACUCGGAGCUGCAGAAAGACCACCGCGACAACUCCAGUGACAACGAACAACUCCAUGAGGUCCCGGAACCAGAACCCAAAAAACCCAAACAUGACCCUCAGGAUGAGAAGACCACGGCGCCAGCAGAAAGUAAACGUCUUCGGGGUCAGAACAAGUCCAGACCGCACACCAAGCCGACCACGUACGAGGAGAGGCGGCUGUGCCUGUCGGUCCUGCAGAACAAAGACUGCUCCUUUGGAGAGAAGUGCUACUUCCUCCACGACGUGGCCGAGUACAUGAGGUCCAAACCGGCGGACAUCGGGGAGCGCUGCUACCUCUACGACACGUUUGGAAAGUGUGGAUACGGCCUGAGCUGCCGCUUUGCUAAAGCACACACCACGCCUCACUACCAAACCCUGGAGAAGGCCGAGCUGGUGAAGGCCAACGAGGGCAGGACCGCCGUGAAGAACUCUUUAAGUAAAGAGCUGCAGAACUCUCUGAGGAAGAGGAAGGUCGUCUUCAGAAAGUCUGAGGAAUAUUUAAAAACUCUGUCAAAGAACAAAGACCAAACGUGUGGAAAAGAUGUUUGUGCCACUAAAGAGCCUGACGACGCAGGAGGGAAACGUCCAGCCUCUGAGGAGUCUCAGUCCGGUCCGGACGAGCGGCCGCUGGUGAAGACCGUUGGCCCGGUAACAGAUGCUGAUGUCAUCAAGCUCCGCCCCUGUGAGAAGAAGAAGGUGGACUUCCGGGAUAAGCUCUACCUCGCCCCCCUCACCACAUGCGGGAACCUGCCGUUCCGCCGCGUCUGUAAGCGCUUCGGCGCCGACAUCACCUGCGGCGAGAUGGCGGUGUGCACCAACCUGCUGCAGGGUCAGCAGUCGGAGUGGGCGCUCCUGAAGAGGCACGAGAGCGAGGACCUGUUCGGAGUCCAGGUGGAGGGCUGCUUCCCCGACACCAUGACCAAGUGUGCAGAACUCAUCAACCAGAACGCAGAGGUGGACUUCGUGGACAUCAACUCCGGAUGCCCCAUCGACCUCAUCUACAAGAAGGGCGGGGGGUGUGGCCUCAUGACGCGGACCAGGAAGCUGGAACAGAUCAUCAGAGGCAUGAACCACGUUCUGGACGUCCCGCUGACCGUGAAGAUCCGGACCGGCGUCCAGGAGAAGUCCAACCUGGCCCACAAGCUCAUCCCCGAGAUGAAGAGCUGGGGGGUGUCGCUCAUCACUCUGCACGGCCGCUCCAGGGAGCAGCGCUACACCAAGCUGGCGGACUGGGACUACAUCGGUUCCUGUGCGGAGCUGGCCCGGCCCGUCCCUCUGUUCGGUAACGGAGACAUCCUGUCCUACGAGGACGCGGUGAAGGCCAAGCAGACGGGGGUGUCCGGCAUCAUGAUCGCACGCGGCGCCCUCAUCAAGCCCUGGAUCUUCACGGAGAUCAAGGAGAGCAGACACUGGGACAUCUCGUCCGGCGAGCGCCUGGACGUCCUGAAGGACUUCACCAACUUCGGCCUGGAGCACUGGGGCUCCGACACUCGUGGCGUGGAGAAGACGCGCUCCUUCCUGCUGGAGUGGCUGUCCUUCAUGUGCAGGUACAUCCCCGUGGGGCUGCUGGAGCGCGUCCCUCAGAGGAUCAACGAGAGGCCGCCGUACUACCUGGGCAGGAACCACCUGGAGACGCUGAUGGCCAGUCAGAACGUGGGGGACUGGGUCCAGAUCAGUGAGAUGCUGCUGGGGCCCGUCCCCAACAACUUCAAGUUCUUACCCAAACAUAAAGCCAACGCCUACAAGUGAGUCCAGCAGGAUGGAGGACAAACUGUUUACGUCUGACUGUAGAGUUCUGUUCCUGAUCAGCUGAUGUGUGGAAGAAUAAAGUCUGUCCUCAUCAA